AUGUCGCGCAAGGCAGUAGACCAGCGGAUUCCGAACCUCAUCUACAACGGCUUGCAGGAGAAGAAGCGCAGCUUCUUCGUAGUCGUUGGAGACCAUGCCAAGGAUGUUAUCGUCAACCUGCACUAUUUGAUGUCUCAGAGAGACAUCAAGCACAACAAGUCUGUUCUGUGGGCAUACAAGAGCAAGCUCUUGGGCUUCACCAGUCACCGCAAGAAGCGCGAGAACAAGAUCAAGAAGGAGAUCAAGCGCGGCACCCGCGAAGCCAACGAGUCCGACCCUUUCGAGCUCUUCGUGUCCCUCCACAACAUCCGAUAUGUCUACUACAAGGAGACCGAGAAGGUGCUCGGAAACACCUUCGGCAUGUGCAUUCUGCAAGACUUCGAGGCCAUGACGCCAAACAUUCUCGCCAGGACGAUUGAAACGGUCGAGGGUGGCGGUUUGGUGGUGCUCUUGCUCAAGGGUAUGACCAGCUUGAAGCAGCUGUACACCAUGUCCAUGGACAUCCACGCGAGAUACCGGACGGAGGCACACGACGACGUGGUCGCCCGUUUCAAUGAGCGCUUCAUUCUCUCCUUGGGAAGCUGCGACUCGUGUCUCGUCAUUGACGACGAGAUGAACGUCUUGCCUAUCUCGGGUGGUAAGAAUGUCAAGGCACUUCCGCCGGCCGACAAGGACAUCGCCAAGACCGAGACGCAGCAGGAGUUGGAGGACAUGAAGGAGGCCCUACAAGAUACCCAACCAGUCGGCUCCCUGGUUACAAUUGCGAAGACGGUCGACCAGGCCAAGGCACUGCUGACUUUUGUGGAUGCCAUUGCCGAGAAGACCUUGAGGAGCACGGUUACGUUGACGGCCGCCAGAGGACGCGGAAAGUCUGCGGCGAUGGGUGUGGCUAUUGCAGCUGCUGUGGCGCAUGGUUACAGCAACAUCUUUAUCACUUCCCCUUCGCCCGAGAACUUGAAGACCCUCUUCGAAUUCGUCUUCAAGGGCUUCGAUGCGCUCGGCUACGCGGAUCACGCCGACUACUCAAUCAUCCAGUCUACGAACCCCGACUUCAACAAGGCCAUUGUCAGAGUCAACAUUCACCGGGCUCAUCGCCAGACGAUUCAGUACAUCAGACCUCAGGAUGCUCACGUUCUGGGCCAGGCAGAGCUGGUCGUCAUCGACGAGGCCGCUGCUAUCCCCUUGCCCCUGGUUCGCAAGCUGAUGGGACCCUAUCUGGUCUUCAUGGCUUCCACGAUCAACGGCUACGAGGGUACUGGCCGUUCGCUGUCGCUGAAGCUGAUCAAGCAGCUGAGAGAGCAGUCAAGACCCGGAGCGAAGACGAACAGUGACACAGAGGUUGCUGAUCGCACGACAGGCAAGGCGGCCAAGGACCAGGGCUCAAGUCACCAGGCCAGCCGCUCUCUUCGUGAGAUCACACUCUCUGAGCCCAUCAGAUAUGCCCAGGGCGACUCCGUUGAGAAGUGGUUAAACAAGCUCCUGUGCCUGGAUGCCACCCUCCCCAAGGCUAAGGCUAGCAGCCAGGGCUGCCCCGACCCAUCCCAGUGCGAGCUGUUAAAGGUCAACCGCGAUACUCUGUUUUCCUUCCACCCUAUCCCCGAGAAGUUUCUGCAGCAGAUGGUGGCCCUUUAUGUUGCCAGUCACUACAAGAACUCUCCCGACGACCUCCAACUGAUGAGUGACGCACCUGCUCAUGAGCUCUACGUGCUGAUUGCACCCACGUCGGACGGAAAGCUUCCCGAGCCUCUGUGUGUUAUUCAGGUUGCCUUGGAAGGUAAGAUCAGCAGACAGAGCGUCAUCAACAGCCUCAGCAGGGGACAGCGUCCUUCUGGCGAUUUGAUCCCCUGGCUCGUGAGUCAGCAGUACCAGGACGACGAGUUUGCCUCUCUGUCGGGUGCUCGCAUUGUGAGGAUAGCCACAAACCCAGAGUACGUGUCGAUGGGAUACGGGACCAAGGCUCUGCAGCUUCUCACCGACUUUUACGAGCAAAAGUUCACCAACCUGUCCGAAAACGCCGAUCUCGUUAUGGAGGAGACGCUGCCGAGAGUGACGGAUGAGGAGCUUGCCAACACCUCCCUGCUCACCGAUGACGUCCACAUCAGAGACAUUAAGAAGCUUCCGCCGCUGUUUGCGAGAUUCUCUGAGAUCAGACCCGCUGCCUUGGACUACAUCGGUGUCAGCUACGGUUUGACGCAGCAGCUCCACAAGUUCUGGAAGCGUGCCGCGUUUGCCCCCGUCUACCUGAGGCAAACUGCCAACGACCUGACGGGUGAGCACACGUGCGUAAUGCUCCGACCCCUGGAGAACAUUGCAGACGAGUCAUGGCUCGGUGCUUUCGCCAGGGACUUCCAGCGUCGUUUCCAGUCGCUACUGUCCUACCAGUUCAGAGAGUUCCAGUCGGUGGUGGCGCUCAGCAUCGACGAAUCCGCCAGCUCGGGUGCUAAGCUCGAUGGCACAGAGCCAACGGCUCUUACGAAGGAGGAGCUCGACAGAUUCCUGACGCCUUUCGACCUGAAGCGUCUCGAGUCCUACGCCAACAACAUGCUGGACUACCACGUCAUUCUUGAUCUCGUCCCCACCCUUGCUAGCCUGUACUUCUCUGGUAAGCUCAAGGCCGACAUCAAGUUGACGGGUGUGCAGCAGGCUAUCCUGUUGGCCAUUGGUCUGCAAAGGAAGGAUAUGGACGUCAUUUCCCAGGAAUUGUCUCUCCCGUCAUCGCAACUGCUGGCCAUGUUCAUCAAGAUCCUGCGUAAGAUUACGGCUCACUUCGGCGGCUUGGUUAACGCUGCUGUCGAGGCUGAGCUGCCCAAGGCCGACGCCAUUGGUGUCAGCCGGGAGAACGCGUCCGGCGCCCACGAUGACGAGGUUGUGGACAACAGGUUCGCUCCCCUUGAGACUUCUCUCGAGGACGAACUUGAAGAGGGAGGUGAUGAGGCUCUGGCCAAGUUGCGUAAGAAGCAGCGCGAGCUCAUCGACUCCCUUCCCCUCGACCAAUACGAGGUCGAAGGUGACGCUCCCGCGUGGGCGGAGGCAGAGCAGGCUGUCAAGGAGGGCAAGGCAGGCGUUGUCAGCAUCAAGACGAGCAAAUCAAAGCGCAAGGCCGGACCGACGGCGGCGGAGAUUUACGAAGAGGCCUUUGGGGAUAAGAAGUCUCACAAGAAGGCCAAGAAGUCCAAGAAGGACAGGAAAUAA